AUGGAAUACAAAAUACUUGGCGCCCUGGCCACUGUUCUAAUUUGUUGCCCAUUUUUCACAGCAUCAGCAUGGUCAGUUAACAACUUUCUGAUGACAGGGCCAAAGGCCUAUUUGACAUACUCUACAAGUGUGGCAGUUGGAGCUCAGAGUGGCAUUGAGGAAUGUAAGUUUCAGUUUGCAUGGGAGAGAUGGAACUGUCCUGAGAGCACUCUUCAACUAGCAACCCAAAACGGACUCAGAAGCGCAACGAGAGAAACAUCUUUUGUACACGCUAUCAGUUCAGCCGGAGUAAUGUACACUUUGACCAGAAACUGCAGCAUGGGGGAUUUUGAUAAUUGUGGAUGUGAUGAUUCCAGAAAUGGACGAAUUGGAGGAAGAGGCUGGGUAUGGGGUGGAUGCAGUGAUAAUGUUGAAUUUGGAGAGAGGAUUUCAAAGCUCUUUGUUGAUGGCCUGGAGACAGGACAAGAUGCCAGAGCAUUAAUGAACUUGCAUAACAAUGAAGCAGGAAGACUUGCUGUUAAAGCCACUAUGAAGAGGACUUGCAAAUGCCACGGAGUAUCAGGCAGCUGCAGUGUACAAACAUGUUGGUUGCAGCUUGCAGAGUUUCGGGAUAUUGGAAACCAUUUAAAAGUUAAGCAUGACCAGGCUUUAAAACUCGACAUGGACAAGAAAAAAAUUAGAUCCGGUAACAGCGCUGAUAACAGAGGUGCCAUAGCUGAUGCUUUCGGCUCCGUUGCUAAAUCCGAACUUAUUUUCUUGGAAGAUUCCCCUGACUAUUGCCUAAAAAAUGCCACCCUUGGUCUCCAGGGGACUGAAGGACGGGAGUGCCUGCAAAGUGGUAAGAACUUGACACAGUGGGAGAGGAGAAGUUGCAGGAGACUGUGUACAGAAUGCAGCCUUAAAGUAGAAGAGAAGAAGAUUGAGAUUAUUAGUAGCUGUAACUGUAAAUUUCACUGGUGCUGCACAGUAAAGUGUGAGCAAUGCAAGCAGGUCGUCAUCAAGCACUACUGCUCCAAGAGAGACAGGAACUCUGAUGUCUUCAUAAAGAGAAAGAACAGAGGACACCAGAGAUAA